CUUGCUUUAUUUAUAUAUAUAAAUAUUGGUUCUUCUCCCUCUCUUCUCAACCGUCUCCUCCGCGUUCAACUCGCGUGCAUUGCAGUCAGACCAAGCGAGAAAAGGAAGAGAAUCGGAGAGAGAAAGUUGAGAGAGAAGAGGAGAGAGAGAGUCUACAGAGAGAAAGCAAAGCCCAAAUACCCCUUUUCGCCAUUGUAAUUCCUGUUCCCUUUCAGAGAACCCAUUUGAUUUUUUUGAAUUUUCUGGGAACUGGGCGUUUUGUGAUCAUCAUCUGGGUUCUCUCGAUCUCCAUCUUUUUUCUGGGUUUCGGUCUUUUCUCCUCAGAUCCUCUCCUUGCUUUUGUUUUCUCCCUUCUUCAAUCGGAUUUUUGAAGACCCGUUGUGUUUGUCUCGCAAUUCGGCUUCGUGGGUGUAUAUUUAGGAAACGAAGAUUCAGCUUUUGUAGUGAUAGAGUGGGAAAAUAAUUGAUUCAUAUCUGGGUUUUGAUGCGAUUGUUGGUUCAUUUUUUGAGGGCAAUGAUGUUGACCUUAAAUGUGUCGUUAUGAAGUAAUAUGGAAGUGAUCCUUCUACGGUUACAACACCAUAAACAACAACAGCAACAAGAACAAGAAGAAGAACAUGUCGUUUUACAUUGGUCGCGAGGCUUCCAAGCUAUGGAAGAGGAUUUGUGCCGAGACAACCACCGAGAUCAACCUCCUUGCGGAGAAUUGGAAGUACCUUCUCGCCGGUAUUGUUUUUCAGUACAUUCACGGUUUGGCUGCACGAGGAGUUCAUUAUUUACACAGGCCUGGCCCUACUCUACAGGAUCUUGGAUUCAUCCUUCUUCCGGAGCUUGGGCAAGAAAAAGCUUACAUCAGUGAAACACUGUUUACCUUUAUUUUUUUAUCCUUUGUCCUUUGGACAUUUCAUCCCUUUGUAUUCAAGAGUAAAAAGAUCUACACGGUUCUAAUAUGGUGCAGGGUUCUAUGUUUCUUAGUUGUUUCCCAAGCUCUUCGCAUAGUGACAUUUUAUGCUACUCAGCUUCCUGGUCCAAAUUACCACUGUCGGGAGGGUUCUAAACUUGCUACGCUGCCUCACCCAGAUAGUAUCUUUGAAGUCCUCUUGAUUAAUUUUCCACGUGGCGUGAUAUAUGGAUGUGGUGAUCUGAUAUUUUCAUCUCACAUGAUCUUUACUCUUGUCUUUGUUCUUACAUAUCAAAGAUAUGGCACACGAAGAUGUAUAAAACAGCUAGGGUGGACUCUUUCUGUGUGUCAGUCUCUUUUGAUAAUAGCAUCACGCAAACAUUACACAGUUGAUGUAGUUGUUGCUUGGUAUACUGUUAAUUUGGUGGUGUUUUUUGUCGAGAAGAAAUUACCAGAAUUACCAGACCGGACAAAUGCUGCAGCAACCUUGCUGCUACCAUUAAGCACCAAGGACAAUAAAGAUGGCAGGACCAAAGAAGAGAACCACAAGUUGUUGAACGGGAAUUCUGUUGUUGACCCUGCAGAUUGGAGGCAGAGAACUCAAGCAAAUGGUAAGAUUCUGGAAGAUGGCCAUACAAACCAUGCUGACACUGCAAUGAAUGGUGCAUAGAUAUGUGAGCUUAUGCUGCACAAAGUUGAGAUCUGCUGCAAAACAUGGCCUUUACAAAGUUACAACCUACAUAUAACUAGAUUUUGUUUGGUGGAAAUAUUGUUAGCUAAUUUAUGUUAUUGUAACUGGGUUGUGUGUUUUUUUAACACCUUGCAGCCCUGAUCCUUUGUCAUUGUAAAAUGAUCUAGCAUCAGCAGUGCUAUAGAAAAUUUUCCAAUUCACACUGCCCCAUUUCUUAGUACACCAUGUGCAUAGACACAGCAUAUUGUUUCGGUGCACCAAGGCCAUGUUCUUUGCACGGUGAGGAAAAAUCAGCAAAAUGUACCAAGACUCUAAAUUUCUGAAUAUAAAAGAGUUUUAAUCCGAAGUAAAA